AUGGCUUCCUGUGUGCUGCUGUGCUUUGCAUUAGUGGUGAAUGCCACAAGCAUGAUGACUCAAACCCUGCAAGGGAAAGUUAUGGCCUACACACCAAGCAGCUUUCCUAUCCAGCAACAGAUGUCGCUGGAGGAUCUUGAAAUGCUUCAUCUGGAUAACAUGAACCAGGAUACCUCUCCGAUUCGUGCCAUCAUUAUUCAAAAAAUUGAAGCAUGCCUGAGAAACAUGGAAGAAUUUUGUAACUUGUGCCCAGAUUCAUGUCUGAAAGCUUCAAGAAUCAUUGACAACAUGCUCUACAAAAAUGCUCCACAGCUCCAUUGUUACAUGGAUCUUGACACAGUAGAGGGCAGGGUGAAUGAUUUGCUCAGAUCUUUUCCGUAUAGAAACCAAAGAGAUCCAUGGAUAUCUUCAGCAGUUCCAUCAACAAAAGAUUUGCGGCAGCUGCCUGGGAUACAGAUGACAGACUCUAGUGUCUAUCAUACUAGAGUUGCCCCUGCUUUUACAAAUUUGCCUGCACAUUCAGGAGAUGUACCUCCACAUACUGUGUUCACUUCUCAGAGAUAUGUACCACAGAAUCACAACAUGGCCGCUGCUAAUUUAGCUCUAGUUGAAAGGCCUGAAAGCUUUAUGAGCACCGUAGUUGCUCCAUCUGUGUCAGGACUUCCUAACUGUAUUUCAGGCCUUGGUGGGAUUGAUAGUGCUGGAUUGCAAAAUGGCUAUUUAAAGGACCAUUUUCCAGCAAAUUUUGCCAGGGAUGCUUAUCGUGUUGAUAGUCCACAACCGUCUAUGUCUGGGAGUUCCAGUCCUUUAUCAGCCGUGUGUGAUCCAACCAUAAGUUCGGGUGCAAUGAUAAGAUCAUCAAUGGACUCUAUCUCUAAAGCAAGUGGGCAAAAACUCUUUACCGGCGAAGGACAAUUGUUUCAACAAUACAGAGAAUAUGAGAAAGAGUUAGAUGGUGCAUGGAGCCACCCAGCAGAGAAGGCAGUUCACUCAAAUAGGACAACUCAAAGCAAUGAAAUCUAUUUCAAAGAAGAAUGUGGACCUGACACAUUCAUGGAAAUGAAAGAAAACUAUUGGCGCGCCUUGGACUCUAGAGAUUCGUGCAGGGAGAUAUACUCAAAUUUAAGCACACCCAAUGCUCAGUAUCAGUGCUUCAUGUGUGAUUGUGAUCCUUGUGACCCUGAGAGAGAAAUUGUUGAGAGAUCUGAACAGACAUCAAAUAGCACAGUAUCAAAGCCAACUUCACCUAUUUCAGAUGAAUCUUCUGGCAAGCGUCCAGCAAAACGCCUGAAGGCUGAUGCUCCCACUCUUGUCAAUGUCAAUCAAGUAGAGAGUCCAAAGGAGCGAAAACCUGUUAUGAAUGAGAAUCAUGUAUCUGGUGGUGAAACUGUACAAUCAGAAAUCACAGAAUUACCUGCAAAAUCACCUUGCAGUUCAUCGGGAGACAUUAAUGCUGACAGCAAUAAUACGCUUGAACAGGGUAGUGAAGAUGCACCUAACACGGAGAUUGUUAAGGUAGAGGAAUUGUACUGUGCAAAGGGUGACAUUGAGAUGAAAGAGGCUAAGACUGUUGCAUUGGAUCAGACACCAAGAGGGGUCAAUUUAAGUUCAAGUCGAAAGAGAGGGGCUUCUAUACUUUAUGCAUUAACUGCUGAGGAGCUUAGAGAUCACAUGAGUAGUCUAAUAAACCAGCAUACUUGUCUGAGCAAAGUGACACCUCAAGAAUUCCCAUCAAUUGAUGGAUUGCCUGAUCAGAAUACAUGCAGUUUGUGUGGGAUGGAGAGGCUUCUUUUCGAACCUCCUCCACGAUUUUGUGCUCUCUGUUUCAAAAUUAUAAAUUCUGCAGGGUGCUAUUAUGUUGAAGUUGAAAAUGGAAGUGAGAAAACUUCUAUAUGUAGCAAAUGCCACCAUCUUAGCAGUUCAAGAGCUAAAUAUCAGAAGAAAUUUAAUUAUGCAGAAACAGAUGCUGAGGCUGAGUGGUGGGUACAGUGUGACAAGUGCAAAGCUUGGCAGCAUGAAAUCUGUGCUCUUUUUAACAGAAAGUGUGAAGGGGCAAAGGCUGAGUAUACUUGCGCAAAAUGUUUUUUGAAUGAAAAGGAUAGUGGAGAUAUUCAGGCACUGGAGUCAUCCACUGUUCUUGGGGCACAGGAGUUACCAAGAACUAAGCUAAGUGAUCAUAUUGAGCAAAGGCUUUCAGAGAGGCUUGAGCAGGACAGGCAACAGAGGGCGAGCGCCUCUGGAAAAGUUGCUGAAGAGGUACCAGGUGUGAAAGGUCUUACAGUUAGAGUAGUUUCUUCAGCUGAAAGAAUACUACAAGUCCAACCACGUUUUCGUGAUUUUUUUAAACAAGAAAAGUAUCCUGGGGAAUUUCCAUACAAAUCGAAGGCCAUUCUCUUGUUUCAAAAGAUUGAAGGUGUGGAUGUUUGCCUGUUUGCCAUGUAUGUACAAGAGUACGGUUCAGAUUGCCCAUCACCAAAUCAAAGACAUGUUUAUCUUGCAUAUAUCGAUUCUGUCAAAUAUUUCCGGCCUGAAAUCAAAUCUGCAAGUGGAGAAGCUCUUCGCACCUUUGUGUAUCAUGAAAUUUUGAUUGGUUAUCUGGACUACUGCAAGAAACGAGGAUUUGUAAGCUGUUCCAUAUGGGCUUGCCCAUCUACGAAGCGUGAUGAUUAUGUUUUAUAUUGUCAUCCAACAGUACAAAAGAUGCCCAAGUCUGACAAGCUUCGAAGCUGGUACCAGAACUUGAUCAAGAAAGCCGUUAAGGAGGGUGUUGUUGUGGAGCGUAAUACACUCUCUGACUUUUUUCUUCAGCCUACAAAUGAGUGCAAGGCCAAUAUUUCAGCAGCAUGCUUGCCAUAUUGUGAGAAUGAUUUCUGGCCUGGAGAAGCAGAGAGGCUCCUUGAGAAGAAAGAUGAUAAUACUUCACAGAAGAAAGAGACACAGGUAGGAAGGCUCUUGCGUGUUGCCAAACGCGACGACAGAAAAGGAAACCUUGAGAAUAUUUUGCUUGUGCACAAGCUUGGGGAAAGGAUGCGCACCAUGAAAGAAGAUUUCAUUAUGCUUUGUCUGCAACAGUUUUGCAAGCACUGUCACCAGCCUGUCGUAUCUGGCAAAAGUUGGGUUUGCACUAGCUGUAAAAAUUUCCAUCUUUGUGACAAGUGUCAUGCAGAGGAGCAGAAUACGGCACAGAAGGACAGGCAUCCGGCCACCACAAAACAGAAACAUGCAUUUCAAAGAAUGGAGGUAGAACCUCUUCCGGAGACUGAUGAUGGAGAUCCGACAAUGGAAAGUAAGUAUUUUGACAGCAGGAUCGAUUUCUUGAAGCACUGCCAAGACAAUCAAUUCCAGUUUGAUACCCUCCGGCGGGCAAAGCACUCUACAAUGAUGAUUCUGUAUUAUCUACACAAUUCGACCUGCUCUGCUUGCCAUCGUGCUGUGGAUCAAUGCUUGGUGUGGCGGUGCCUAGAGUGCCUGGGCUGCACCUUUUGUGAUCAAUGCUAUAAACAAAAUGGUCAAAGUUUGCAUAGUCAUGAAUUAAGGCAGAUUCACACUAGUGAAACUUUGCAGAAGCACACUCUACAGGAUUACAUUGAUGGCCUUGUGCAUGCAUCGAGGUGCUAUGAUCCACGUAACUGCACCCAUCCAGGUUGUUUAACCCUGAAGAAAUUGUUCUUCCAUGGUGUACGAUGUGAUAUCCGUGCCCGCAACUGGAGUGGUUGCAAUAAGUGUGUCUUUAUGUGGAAACUUCUUCUCUGCCACUCAAAAGAUUGCAACGAUGUAGACUGUCCCGUUCCUAGAUGCAGGGAUAUAAAGGCAUACAUAGCUGAAAAGCUGAAGCUUGUUGGUCCUGUGUUGUAG